AUGGCUUCACGGUCUUUCUCCGCUGUACUCGUCGCCCUCUGUGCCUUCCAGGACAUCAAGUUCGUGACGGGCAACGCCACUGACUGCGACACUGAGUGCGCGACAACUUACCCUGGGUCAUAUUGUAAGUAUUGGAAGACGCCAAGAACUUGCUUCGGCUCGGAUGCCCCGUGCUUCUGCGGCACGAGUGAGCCGACUGAAGCUCUCCGAGGUUCCACAUCCUCUGCUGCAGUGACGGAUGAGGUUACUGAGGCCGCUACAAGCGAAGAAGGUACGACAGCUGCUCCCGAAGCAACGAGUACGACCGGUUCUGAAGCUACUGUCGAUGCCACAGUGGCGGCCAGUACAGCUGCUAUGACCGAUGAGGUGGCUGUCACUUCUGCACCUCCUGUGACUGGCGAAGUGAUCAUCAGCACGGCAGCUGGGGAAGCUCCCGGUAGAGACAAGGAUGAUUCUGAUGCUACCACCCAGGUCGCUACGGAGGCUGCGACUGUCACGACUACGAUCGGUGCUCCUGUUGAGCCUACUACUAUAACGUCCCCUCUGCCGGUCAGCACAGCUGCUGUGACCGAUGAGGUUGGUGCUACCACUGCAGCUCCUGUGACUGGCGAGGUGGCCAUUACCACGGCAGCUGGGGAAGCUCCCAGCAGAGACAAAGAUGAUUCUGAUGCUACCACCCAGGUCGCUACUGAAACGGCAACUGUCAUCGCCUCGACUACGAUCGAUGCUCCUGUUGAGCCUACUACUAUCACGUCCCCUCUAUCGGUCAGCACAGCUGCUGUGACCGAUGUGGUUGCUGUCACUACUGCAGCUCCUGUGACUGGCGAGGUGGCCAUCAGCACGGCAGCUGGGGAAGCUCCCGGUAGAGACAAGGAGGAUUCUGAUGCUACCACCCAGGUCGCUACGGAGGCUGGGACUGUCACGACUACGAUCGAUGCUCCUGUUGAGCCUACUACUAUCACGUCCCCUCUACCGGUCAGUACAUCCGCUGUGACCGAUGAGGUUGCUGUCACUACUGCAGCUUCUGUGACUGGCGAG